UAGCUCGCUGAGCUGAGUGACGUUAGGUCGGCCGACUCGUCCGUCGGGCGGGCGGACGGUCGGCUGCCAGCGGAGAAAACGAGUGAGUGCAAGAGCGGCGCGAUCUCGCCGCGUGGUUACCGUGUGUGCCGUUGGCCGCCACUCCAUUAGCGUAAAUAGCGAUCAUGGGAUUAGAAUGUUGUCCAUGGCUCCUUCGAUAAGGGUGAACAAUGCACUGCAAGCGGACAAGUUCCCAGAGCUACGGAACAAUUCGUCGUCCUUCGGCCACAAGACAAAACCUUGACUAGAGCGAGUGACGAGCCAUGCACCAUCGAGUUCUGUGGCAGCUGGCUUCUAUCCUGCUCUGCUUGUCACCGUGUUGCUCCGAAGCCCUCAUCACCGUUGGAGUCUCCGCCGAUCCUGCCUACGUCGCCGUAGACUACGGGACGAAUACGACCGAUAUAACGUGCUCGUACCGGGUCAUGCCCGAAGUGGUGGAGCAUCCGGUCGGAUCCUUGGUGACGUUCAACUCCAGGCCGGAGAGCGUGGUGCUGCUACUGCGGAAUCAUUACCUCGACUCGAUCAUCCAUUUGCAGAAUGUUUAUUUCCAGGAAAGGAUGAAUUUGACGUUUCGGCUCCGAAACGUGAGACAAAGCAGCCGCUUUUCGUGUGAUAUCUCUUCGCCUGAACUCACGCGGCCCGCUCGAGAAUUCAUGGUGAUCUACGUGAAGACCCAAGACCGUUGUGAUAUGAUUCAAGACUUGUUCCGUAACAAGGAGUGUGUGGACGGCGACAGCGUCUGCCGACCGGGAUAUCAUCUGAAAGUGGACCGAUUGACGUGCAUCCAGGUGUCUAGCCCACGGUAUUGCUCUCCGAUCGAGGUCUGUCAGCAGUGUACUUGUAAACGAGUGGAAAAGCUUGUGGCUCAGGUACCGUAUGCAGAAAUCUUCGAGCCCGAAGACCGAGUCACUUCGAAUGUCGUGGGCGUCGGGAACCAACUCUUCGGAGUGUCGGAAAGUCCGGAAACCUGUUUUUUGUGUGCCAACAGCGUCCCGCCUUCGAAAUUCGUAUCGGCUCUGAUAGUGACGUUCCUCGUGCUGUUGAGUGGAGCUUUGACAGUGAUCGGGACUGCUGUUUUCUACGACUGGUGCAGACGACGUCGUGAUCUUCAAGAACUCGAACGCGAACACACAGAAACGAAUGCGGACGCUGUCGAGGUGGAAGCCCUCAGACGGGUGAGCGAAGACCGACCUCCGUCGUAUGUGGAAACGCGUAAAAGCGACCUCCAUCUAGCUGGAAUCCCACCCCCUCUAUACGAGGAUUCAUACAAUGGCGAAAUAUCCCGGAACCUCACAGUCAGCUCGCCGCGGCUCACAAACAUAAGAGGGAGUGUUCCAACUCUGGAGCCCAUACACGAACGGAGACUGUCUUUAUAGCCAUAUAGAUCUAUUUAUUCAGAAGAUUGGAUGCAGAAACUCCAGGACCGCCACGCGGAACCUGUUCCAUGUAUAUAAGAUGUGGAUAGAAAUAUUAGGAAAUCGCUCCCACUUAUUGUUGUGAUGAAUGGUCGUCGAAGAGCGCUGCUGUUUCGUUUCUGUAAGAUCCGAAAAUAACCCGCUUCGUGUACUCAUGUAAAAUAAAGAACAUCAUUAC